AUGGAUCUUGUUGGAACCAUCCCACCAGAAAUCGGAAAUAUUUCUUCUCUCGUUUCUUUAGACAUGAACGACAACUCUUUUCAUGGUCCUCUUCCCGCGUCUCUCUUUAACAUGUCAAAUUUAGAAGUCUUGAGUUUGAGGAAUAAUAGUUUGUCUAGUAGUCUACCUCUUGAUAUGUGCAUACACAAUCUUGAUCGACUCAAGAUUCUUCGUAUUUCUUACAACGAGAUGUAUGGGAAUAUACCAUCGAGUUUGGAGCAGUGUUCGCAGCUCGAGUUUCUUUCUUUGUACAACAACAAAUUUGAUGGAAUAGUGCCAAGGGAACUUGGGAACUUGACCAAGCUUCAAACAUUGAACAUUGGUGCAAAUAAGUUGACAGGUGAUAUUCCAGAAGAGAUUGGUCGUCUAACAAAUUUAAAAAGUUUGGGCAUGAGUUCCAACAAGUUAAAAGGCUCAUUGCCUGCAACUCUUUUCGGCAUGCCAUCCUUGCAAUAUGCUGACUUUGCCUCCAAUGAACUAAGUGGAUCAUUAUCACCACAAAUUGGAAACAUAACAUCCCUUCUCAGAAUAGGCCUUGAAUUCAACCAUUUCAGUGGUGAAAUUCCAAAAGAGAUCGGUCUUCUUACCAAUUUCGAGCGAUUGAGCAUGUGUUGCAACAAUAUUAGUGGUUCAGUGCCAAGAGAACUUGGGAACUUGACAGCCAUGGUUGGUAUAUACCUUGCCCAUAAUGCUUUAAGUGGUCCUAUACCAAAAGAGCUAGGUCGCCUUGUUAAUUUAUGGGAGCUGCAGUUGAAAGAAAAUAUUCUAAUAAAUGGAUCUAUACCGAAGGAAAUCGGGAACAUGACAUCUCUUUCCUACUUAUUGCUUUCCAGGAAUAUAUUAACUGGUACUAUUCCAAAAGAAAUUGGAAACCUGAAACACCUCGUGCAGUUUUGGCUUCACGACAAUAAUUUAAAUGGUCCAAUACCUUCCACCAUUGGGAAUAUGUCAGAGCUGGAUUAUUUAGUACUCCCUCAUAACAAACUAAUUGGAGAGAUUCCAUCAUCCAUUUGUGACUUGAGAUUACUGACACUCCUCCAUUUAGCAGACAAUCAUUUGGAAGGACAAAUUCCAAAGUGCUUGGGAAACUUCAAUAGUUCAUUGUUGGCUCUUAAUUUGGGUGGAAACCAAAUCAAAGCCCUUCAAUCCACAUUUGCAAAAGGUUGCAGUCUUCAGGCCCUUAUUCUGUAUGGCAAUAAGUUGGAAGGAAUAACACAUUCCCUAAUCAACUGCCAAAGCCUGGAAAGCAUUGAUUUUGGUGAUAAUGAAAUACGAGGUGCAUUUCCUUUCUGGAUAGAAACACUCCCUCAACUUCGCGUCCUCAUCUUGAGGUCUAACAAGUUGAAUGGUACUAUGUUGGAGGCUUCAAAUACCGAGCAUCCUUUUCCAAAGUUGCAAGUCUUGGAUAUAUCAAGAAAUGCAUUUGUUGGCCCUUUACCAGAUAGAUAUUUCAAGAAUUUUGAAGGUAUGAUAGAUGCCAAGGAUAAUCUCACACGCGUUGAGAAGGAUAUGCUCCAAACAUAUUUAGACUUAGGUGUCACUUUGAAAGGUUUGGAUCAGGAAUUGAAAAGAUUGUUGGAUACGUUUACAAUGAUUGACUUAUCUUCAAAUAAUUUUUCUGGGAAUAUUCCAAUUUCCAUCGGCAAUCUUAAUUCUCUUAGAUACUUGAAUUUGUCAAGUAAUACUCUCACGGGAGAGAUUCCUGUGUCUCUUGGGAAUAUAAGUAUUCUUGAGUCAUUGGAUUUGUCAUGGAACAGAUUGAGUGGAAAAAUUCCAAGUGAUCUGACAGGGUUGACAUUUCUUUCGAAAUUAAACCUAUCAAUGAAUAAUCUUGUGGGGUCGAUACCAAAAUCUAAGCAAUUUUCUACUUUUCAAAAUGAGUCAUAUAUAGGAAACUUGGGAUUGUGUGGAGAUCCAUUGGCAAAACAGUGUGAAACAACUGAUGGUAAACCAAUGCUUCCUCUAGAAGAUGAUGAUGAAGACUCAGGAUUUAUAGAUGGAUUUGGUUGGCGAAGUGUGGUGAUGGGGUAUGGAUGUGGAUUUGUAGUUGGAAUUGGAGUUGGUUACAUGAUUAUAAGAAGUGGAAGGCCAAGAUGGUUAGUGGAAUUUUUCUUUGGCGUUGGAUAUAGUAAUUGUAAGAUGAAGAGAAGAAAUAGAGCAAAAGCAACGAGAAGAAGGUGA